UGUAGUUGAAAUUGAAUCGAAAUGGCUCGUACUAAGCAAACUGCUCGUAGAUCUACCGGUGGAAAACCGCCCAGGAAGCAGCUUGCUGCUCUAGCCACCGGGGGAGGAGAAACAAUUUCAGGAAGAGUGAAGAAACGUCGUCGUUUCCGUCCUGGAACUGUCGCUCUUCGUGAAAUUCGCAAGUAUCAGAAAAGCACCGAGAAGUUGAUCCGCAAAAUUCCCUUCCAGCGUCUUGUUCGUGAAAUCGCCCAACAAUUUAAGAUUGAGCUGAGGUUCCAGAGUGAUGCAGUGAUGGCACUACCGGAGGCGGCCGAGUUGUACCUUGUAGGUUUGUUUGAGGAGACUAACUUGUGCGCCAUUCAUGCUAAGAGGGUAACCAUCAAGCCCGAGGAUAUGCAGUUAGCUCGUCGUAUUCGAGGCGAGCAUGCUUAAGAAUGAAUGAAGAUUAUUGAACAAGGAUGUAAUGUUUAGCAGAUUUUAGGAGAUGGCAAGGGUGUGUUGAACUUUGUAGUUGUUCUGCUAGUGGUGGUGUAUAUACAUUCAUACGUACAUUCAUACAAUGAUACACAUAUACAUUGAUACCUAGCAAGUUGAAUAUGUUUUGGAUAUGUUUUUUCGCAUUUUAUGUUGUUGAGAUUGUAUUAGGGAGUACGCAUUUGUUUUGAACAAGUCAAUAAAAAUGCUUUUAGUGUUGAGAAGUCUGAAUAUAUAUAUUACUUUGUCUUGU